AUCGGCGGCGUUGUUAUUGACGCCAUAUUGGGGCCGGCGGCGGGUGGAAGAGUCGUACAGUGGAGGGAGAAGCGGCUGGACGUGUUCGGUGGCGCUCCUGCCGCCACCGCCACCUCUCAAUCCCGCCGCAUCGACCGACGCUCUCUAGCUUCUGACGCUGCUUGGGCGUCUUAGGAGCCGCGUUGCAGCCUCACACCUCACGGGGCUGGUUUCGACUUCUGAAGGAGCCGGUCUCCGCGCAGGAGCGCCUCAGGCGCGGCUCAAAGCCCGAACGGACGGCGGGGGCGGCCGGAGCCUCUCCCGGGGGAGCCGCGCCUGAGGAGGCGGAAGAGCCCCCCCCACGACGCGGCUGGCGUGAGCCGCCGCCACCGCCCCUCCCGCCCUCGCCCCGGCCGGCCCGGGCCACUGCCCCUGCCGCGGAGGCAGCAGCGGCGGCGGCGGCGGCUCUGCUCCCCUUGCCGGCGCUCCGCCACCCGCCUUUCCGCUCUUGAGCCGGUCGGUUAGGCUCUUUUCGGGGCCCCACUCUGCCCCCCUUCCCUCGUCCUCCCCUCCCCGACCCCACACGAGCCCGGCGCCCCGGCCAUGGCGUGCGGAGCCACUCUGAAACGGACUCUGGAUUUCGAUCCUCUGCUGAGCCCGGCGUCCCCGAAGCGGAGGCGAUGUGCGCCAUUGUCGGCGCCCACCUCGGCCGCUGCCUGCCCGUCGUCGGCCGCCGCGGCCACCGCCGCCUGCUUCUCGGCCGCCGCCGCCUCGCCGCAGAAGUAUCUCCGAAUGGAGCCAUCUCCCUUCGGCGACGUCUCCUCCCGCCUCACCACAGAACAAAUUCUGUACAACAUAAAACAAGAGUAUAAGCGCAUGCAGAAGAGAAGACAUUUAGAAACUAGUUUCCAACAGACAGAUCCAUGUUGUACUUCUGAUGCACAGCCACAGGCAUUUCUCCUCAGCGGACCAGCUUCACCAGGGACUCCAUCAGCAGCCUCCUCACCAUUAAAAAAAGAGCAGCCCUUAUUCACUCUACGGCAGGUUGGGAUGAUCUGUGAACGUUUAUUGAAAGAGCGUGAAGAGAAAGUUCGAGAAGAGUAUGAAGAAAUAUUGAACACAAAACUUGCAGAACAAUAUGAUGCAUUUGUGAAGUUUACGCAUGAUCAAAUAAUGCGACGAUAUGGAGAACAGCCUGCUAGUUAUGUUUCAUGAAUCAUGUUUUCUGCAUUUGUGGGCUGCCUUGUUCCUUGUUGAGUCGUUGCAAGAGGUCCCAGUUACGACAUGCAGCAAUGCCAGUACCCCCUGUGAAUACAGGUUGUUUCAAGCUUUCCUCAGUGGCAACCACUCCUAGGCAGCAACCGGUUUUGGAAAUUUCCUUGAUGUCAGUACCACUCGGAUGUGGACCUUUGCUACCUGUAUUAAUGCCAGUGGCCUCAUUUGCUGUAUCAUUACAAUUUGGCUUCUUAUAUUAAUGUUUGGAAAGGAUUAAAGCUGGUAUUCAAAGAACAUGCCCUUCACUGGUUGUGUAAAUAAAACUGUAGAAUGACAAUUCA